CUUAAGGCAGCUUGAUCCGGGGCUGUGAGGCAGCCGUGCUGCCCUGUGGCAGAGGCGGGUGGCUGCAGGCUGCAUUCCUGCGCACAGGGACACAGGAGAGUGCCGCGACUUGGAUCUUCCUCCUUUCACUGCUCAUUCGGUGGCUCAGCAGCGAAAAGGAAACGCCUUCCCUGAGAAGCUGAACGGGUUCCUCAUGUCCGCCUGCGAGAGCCGCACGCUCCUCCAGCUCCUGGUAUUCUGUCGGGUUCUGGUCGCUGCCGGUCAACCCGAUUCCCAGGAACCAAAUGAGGUGUUCUUCAGAGCGAUGGGAUCUUCCGCCAUGUUGCCUGGAUUCAGCGAAGAAGAUUUUAAAGAUGUCGAGCAUGUCAAGUGGACAUUCUCCAAGAUAAAAAUUCUCGACUAUUAUAGUGUGACCAACAUACCGACCUUCACCGAUUUUUAUAAGUAUCGAUCUCAGUUCUUCUCUUCAAAUGGAUCAUUGCUGUUAAGAAAUGUCACAAAAAAUGACAGUGGAUUGUAUGAGGUGCAGAUUAAUUUACAUACCACCAAAGUGUUCCAACUAAAUGUUCUCAUUGCACUGUCAGAGCCUUCCGUCAGCAAUAAUUCGACUGAACUCGGUGCCACCAUUGCGCUGAACUGUGGAGUGUCCGCAGGGGAAGUGGAAUCCCGUCACUGGUGGAAAGAUGGAAAAUUGCUCAUGAUUGACCAACACCACUGGCUCCUGCAGGACAACAGCACGUUGAUUAUCGUCGGGGCCAAAAAGUCGGAUUGUGGCAACUAUACUUGCAGCUUGGAGAAUAGUGUGAGCAGCAAGAACGUUUCACAUUGGCUUCCUAUUUCUGGUAUUCCACAUACGAUUCUCUGUGUAAUGAUAUUAUCCAUCGUUGCCCUGAUAUUUGCUUUGUCAGUCCUCAUGGGGAUAAUGUUUCUGUGUUUCCACAGUGACAGAAAAGGUACUGACUUUCACGGGAAAGCGCUGAAGUGUCUCCAAAUUGCUUCCCUCCUGUCGUUAAUCACUCUUCUAGCAGCCUUCACCUGUUCGACCCAGUCUUCAGUAGAACAUUCUGAUAUCAAAAUAUUUAUGAUGGUGCUCUUGGGUGUCCUGAUAAUACUCACCAUAUUCUCAAUGUUCAGCAUAAGCACUUGGAAUUCAGAAAGUUUUAACAGGAUCAUGAAGUACAAGAUUUGCAGCGUCACAGUGGAUGCAGUAACCCCAAUCAGCGGGCUCGUUGUGACUUGUGCAUCAGCAAUUAUGCUUGUGAGAAUUGCAAAACAAGCUGAUAAAGGAUGUGAACCACUGCAUAAUCUACAACGGAGUAUAAUUCCUGCUGUGGUUGGGCCGAUCGUGCUUUGCAGUGUAUCCUUUGCAAUUUAUGUCCAUCAACAUAGAAAACAAAGACGUUCACCGCAAAGGGAAGGCCAAGCUGCGAAUCAAAAUGAAGCGAGCCCCCAGAGACCUCAGGAGGAUGAGCAGGUACCGCUGCAAAUGAUUUCGGGAGAAAACGGAUCACCCACAAGAGACCCUGUCAGUGGGGAGGAUUCCCGCCUGACCUAGCAAUGCUGCCUACCAGCGAGGAAUCCAUCACACACCUCCGCUUCACCAGGGAGAAUUUGUCCAAAAGGAAGCAGGAAGCUGCCACCCGGGAGUAAUUAUCACCUGGCAGAUCAUCCGGAGAUUCCCGCUAAUGGUCCAGGGGUCCUGGGUUCAGAUCCCAGCGUGGUGGAAUUUGAGUUUGAUAAUAAGUCUCAGAAUGGAGUAUUGGAUGUGACGACCAUGGCAGUUUCCUUCCUUAAAAGGACAUUACUGAACCAGAUGAGUCUUUCCCCAACAACUGACAAACAAUUAUCAUGAGAUCGCGGAUAUGUAGUGAAUUUAACUUCCGUCAUCUGCUGUGGCGGGAUUCAAACCCCAGUCCCCAGUACGUUAUCGGUGAUUCUGGAUUAACAGUCCAGCGAUUAUAAUGCCCUACAGUGCCAGUCUGGUCUACAUGUGACUGGAGACCCACAGCAAUGUGGUUGACUGUAACUGCGGGAUGGGCAAGAAAUGCUGCCUGGUCAGUCAUGCCCUGGUCCAGCGAAUGAAUAAAUUUUCAAGUGUUUGUAAGUCAGGGAGGAACAAGCAGGGGCCUCCUUGGUGCUGAGCGUAACUCCGCCUCGGUUCACUGACUGCUGACUCCCCACCCUCCUCCCAUUUUGCAGCGUCAACUUCAGCAGCUGCUCAAAAUAUCCGAGUGGCCCGGCAUUCGGAAAUGGGACAAAUGGGGCCGCACGUCCACGCAACAACCUUGAGGCUGGAAGGAAGAAGGUGGUUUUCCACUCCCUGGUAGCUGGUUGAUGAGCAAAGAAGAUGCGGCAAUCUGUUUCCAGGGGAGGGGUGGGCGGGGGUCACACGAGUUGGAGACAGAGCCCUUAGUCAGCGAGUACCAUUCAGAAGAUCGCUACAAUGAUACCGGGCAUGAGUGACUCGUUUCAUGAGGAUGGUAUGGCGAUUGCAAUGGGAAAGCUGCCUGUCACGUUGAAAAUCUGAACUUUGAACAUUUAAAAUGGAAGAUCUCUGCAAUAAAGCCUCGUGGAUCAAAGGUUAA